CAGACGGCGCACGCCCGGCGGAAGGUGCGGGGCCCGGCUCCCUCCCGCGCUGAAGGCAGAAGGCCACAGACUUCCUGACUGGUUAUCAUGUCAGUGAAAUUGACAUUUGUCUCUCCCAGUGAUGGAGGUGGAAUCAGCAGGAGCUGUUCCUUUGCUGGAUUCAGCACGGUGCAAAGCAGAAAGUUAGCAAAGUCUCUCAGCAGGAAUUCAGUGAGGUCUAAAAUGUCUGUGAAAUCCUCCAAAAUGUAUCCCUCCCUGCAGAGAGGGGCUGUCAUCUGGGAUCCAAAACCACAGCAGGUGAAGAAAAUUUUUGAAGCUUUGAAGAAAGGACUUAAUGAAUACCUGCAAGUGCAUCAGGCUGAGUUGGAUUAUCUCUCUGCUCGACACAAAGAUACAAAAAGGAACUCCAGACUGGCUUUCUAUUAUGAUCUGGAUAAGCAAAUUCGCUCUGUUGAAAGGUACAUCAGAAAACUGGAAUUUCAUAUAAGCAAGGUAGAAGAACUAUAUGAAACUUACUGCAUCCAGUGCAGGCUGCGAGAUGGGGCCUCUAAUAUGAAACAUGCCUUCUCCUUGACUCCCUCCACCAAAGCCUCCAGAGAGAGCCUGGUAGAACUUUAUAAGAACCUCCAAGAAUGCACAGAGGAUAUGUGUCUGAUUGAAGGGGCACUGGAGGUGCACUUGGGAGAAUUUCACUUGAAAAUGAAAGGGUUGGUGGGCUACGCACGCCUCUGCCCAGGGGACCAAUAUGAGGUGUUUGUGCGACUGGGACGCCAGAAGUGGAAGCUGAAGGGCAAGAUUGAGACGGAUGACAGCCAAACAUGGGAUGAGGAAGAGAAGGUUUUUAUACCCAACCUCCAUGAGAAGCUUGAAAUAAAGGUCACAGAGCUGCGGGGACUGACCACGAUUCUCGUUGGUGUGGUAACGUGUGACAGCAUCGACUUCUUUACAACCAGGCCUCAGGCGAUCAUUGUGGAUAUAACUGAGCUAGGCACCAUCAAGCUACAGCUGGAGGUUGUCUGGAACCCAUUUGACACAGAGAACCUGUUUUUGUCGCCUGGAACUACUGCCAAGUUUUCUCUGGGUAGUAGGAAAAGCUCCUUAUACAGCUGGACUCCGCCGAACACUCCCAGCUUCAGAGAGAAAUAUUAUCUCUCUGUUUUGCAGCAACGGCUGAACCAAGGUGGCAUAAACGACGAGGCGCGAGCCCCCUGCAUACUGAGCUACUUGGCUGACUGUGACUUUGAUGUGCAUCUAAGGAAUGACAAUGACAGCUCUGCAGAGACUGACUCCUUCAGCUCCCAGGAUCGGAAAGGAACAGAAACCAGAAAUGUGACUCCAGCUUCAGACCACAGGACCCUGCCAUUGGUUCUUGUACAGGACGCCUGUGCAGAAGGAAGACAACAUAAGUCUCCAAACCACACAACUCUAGAUAUCCUGAAAGAGACGCCCUCCAUGGAUGGAGCUCCAAAUAGCCCAUCCAGCCCAUGGGACAUUAGCAAAGAUGGCAGAGAUUCCAUCGGCCAGCACUGGAGUCACCGGCCUGUGGAACAAGAAAAUUUCCUGUCUGUUGAUCGGAAAAGCUUGAACACUGAAGAUGACAGAAAACCAGCUGGAAGCGCCAAAGCAGUUGAGAAACUCCUUCAAGAAGUGUUAAAUUUGCUGAAGUCACAGAAUCCAGGGCAAACCCAAGUGGAGGAAUUGGAGUACCAAGUUUUAUGCAUCAGGGACAAAUUAAAGCUGAAGACGUCUCAUCAGAAACAUUCAUCCAUGGAGAGUCUGAUGGUGGAGAUGGUGCUGGAAAGUUUUGACUUUUUAAACACGGACUGCAGUGCUGAUGAGCUUUCCUUAUUUGGAAGCAUAAGGACAGAUGCUACCAGCACUUACAAUGACAACAUACUGGGCUAUGACAGGAAAACAGAAAUGAAAGAGUUAACCACAGGGAAUGAUGAUUUAGACAAACUUCUGAUAGUUCAUCUGCAGUUGUGCAAAGCUCUCUUGCAGAAACUGGUUUCACCAAACAUAGCCCGAAUUGUCCAGGAGAGCCUUUUGGAAGAAGUGUCACGGCAGAAACAAGUGCUGGAAACUGUCUCAAAGCUCUGUGUUCUGGAAGUUGGGAGCUUCACCUCUAUUGAAGAGGUUAUUCAUAAGGCGAAAAAGCAGAAGCAGUGUCUGAAAAUCUGGAGUGAAUUCACAGAGCCAGGAAAUAUCUUGUUCUGUUCAGCAGAAAAAUUCCAGAAUCCACUGAAAUACAUAUUAAUGUUCAAAGUGAAGGAGAAAUAUCCAGGACACCUAGAAGCAGUGCUGCGAAGGCUGCUGGAGCAGAUCAUCACCUGCAGCGGGUUGCUCCCCUCUGGGAGCCCCCCUGAAGAACUGCUUACCUUAUUCCAGUUUCACAGCUACCUGGAAAAAGAGCGUGUUACCAACCUGGAGAAGCACUUGGCAGAACUCAUCAAAGAAGUGAUGCUAAUUGAGGAGUUACAGUGUCCCGGGCGACUUAAGAAAAUCAAGAAAUUAAAAGGGAAGCGACUGAGCCAGCUCCAGCCUCUACCCCAAACUUUACGGCUGCUCGGGAUUCUGCAGCUAGAUGACAACCGCCACGUCAGCAAAGCAGCAACGUCCUGUCUCUCUCGGGCGGCAAUGAAUAAGAAUUUCAGGGAGAAGGCGCUGCUUUUUUACACGGAUAUUUUAGCUGAAUGUGAUGCAAAAAUACAGCAAGCUGCAUGUCUGGCUCUCAAAAACCUCAGAGCUACAGAAAGCAUUGAGCAGAUUGCCAGCCUGUGUCAGUCUGAAACAGAGGAUGUACGGAACGCUGCCAGGGAAACAACACUGUCAUUUGGUGAAAAAGGAAGACUAGCCUUUGAAAAAAUGGACAGAGUUUGCUGUGAGUUGAGAGAGACUGUAUACCAAGAAGCUGAAAUUGAAAUCACAAUAUUUUAACUAAGGCAAUGCUGAAUCUGACCUACAGCCCAGGUGGCUACAAAAGGAGUUGGUUUCCAUGGUAUAUUUUCCAGUUACCACUAGGUGGUUAAGUUAGUGCACACAGGUAUCUAGCAGAAGAUUGAGUGGGAGCAUCCACGUGGGACAGCGCUUCCAGUUAGGACUAAAAAAAAAAAA